ACUGCCUUCCCCUUCUGCGCUGCCUGUUUGCCUGUGCCUGUUCCUGUGCCUGUUUCACACAUCGCUCGACCCCACCUCCCAACACUUCUCAACGUGAGACAACUCCAACUUAUAAAGAGACCUGCAACAACCACCUCAAAUGAUAAACUGAAUACCACACUAAACUACCGGAGAACAUCGGCACAUCUCACUCAAACCCAACCAACACUCAACCGGGACAGCGACCCCCUAAACAACCCACCGCAAAACACCACAUCAAAACAACACCUCACCAUGGCAGCCAAACAAACCCUCUACUUCGCCUUCGGCAGCAACCUCUGGCAACACCAAAUGUCCCUCCGCUGCCCCAACUCUCCCUUCAUCGGCCUCGCCCGCCUGCGCGGCUACAAAUGGUUCAUCAACGCCCGCGGCUACGCCAACAUCGCCCCCGUCACCACCAACCCCACCCCCUCCCCCCAAGAAGACGACAACCAAAACCCCUACGCCAACGAAGUCUGGGGCCUAGUCUACACCCUCUCCCCGCCCGACGAGGCCCAGCUCGACCGCAACGAGGGCGUGCCCACCGCCUACCAGAAAGAGCUCGUCAGCGGCAUCGACUUCUGGCCUGCCUCCAACAAACCCAACACCACCCCCAACACCCCUGACGGCACCUCCAACUUCACCGCCCCUAUGGACAUGUCAGUGAAACCCACCCCCACCAAAAUGCUCGUCUACGUCGACCACCACCGCAACACGGGCGGGCACCGGCCGCGGGACGAGUAUGUGCGGCGCAUGAACAUGGGCAUCCGCGACGCGCUCAGGGAGGGGGUGCCACGGGGGUAUGUGGACGGGGUGGUGAGGGGGUAUAUCCCUGAGGAGGAAGAGUUGGGGUUUGGGGUGGGGUGUGAACUUGGGGGGGAGAUGGAAAAGGCUGUGAUGAGGCGGGCGGCGGGGUUGGAUCGGGAUGGGGAUGUGGCUGGGGAUGUGGAUGGUGCGGGUGUGGAUGGGGUGGAUGGGGUUAAGAAGGGGGGGGAGAUGGGGUUGGUGGCGGCGGCGGUGGCUGGGCCGGCUGGGUCAGGGGUUGUGUCCGCGCGGGAGGGGGAGGAGGGGGGGGAGGAGUUGCCGGAGAGGGCAAGUGAGGUUUGUUAUUUGAGGGAGCACGGGUUGUAGAGGUUGGGGGUGGGGGGUGGUUAGGUACAGCUAGCGAGAGGAAUGGUGGUUAAUAAGAGGGAUGGGUUCAUGGACUCCAACUAAACGAGCAGCGGUUCAGUUACGGGUAAAUAUGGAUAUCCACAAGGUGGUUUUGAAACCAUAUAGGUAUCGAUCAUCACUCUUUGAAAACCUUUUUGAUUGUCAAUGACUCAGAUUUCCGACAUUCCCUCCCCACAUGUUUCGGUAGUUCAAGUCACUCUUGAUGAAGCAUUCCG